UGCUAUUAUGCUAUUGAAUCGCUAAUCCAUUCAUCCUGCGGGUUUAAAAGCACUGAGUAAGAGCAUUGAAAAGUUAUGGAAGACAACGUGUGCGUUUUUGUGUUGUUUGCUUUGCAAUAAUUUCCAUUAAUUGUGGCAUCCAAACUAUUCUCAGUGCAUAGAAGACGAGCAUACAACCUCCGAUUUUCCACUGGAUUUGAAUACAGAAAUUAAUAGCAGCGGAAUAAAUGGCAGUGUUGUCAACGGAAUCACUGCCUCUGGGGUUUAGAUUCAGGCCAACCGACGAAGAGCUCAUAAAUCACUACCUGAGACUCAAGAUUAACGGCCGGAAUUCUGAGGUCGAGGUUGUCCCCGAGGUCGAUGUUUGCAAAUGGGAGCCCUGGGAUUUGCCUGGGCUAUCGGUCAUUAAGACGGAUGAUCCGGAGUGGUUCUUCUUCUGCCCGCGUGACCGGAAAUAUCCCAAUGGUCAACGUUCGAACAGGGCAACGGACGCCGGCUACUGGAAAGCAACGGGCAAGGAUCGCACCAUAAGAGCUAGAAAGUCAGGCUCCAAUCCUAUCUCCAUUGGCAUGAAAAAGACCUUGGUUUUCUAUAGAGGCCGUGCUCCAAAGGGCGAGCGCACCAACUGGAUUAUGCAUGAGUACCGCGCCACCGUUAAAUAUCUUGAUGGUUCUGCCCCUGGCCAGGGUUCUUUUGUCCUCUGUCGCUUGUUCCGAAAGCCAGAGGAGAAGAUUGACAUUGUAAAAUAUGAUGAAGUAGACCAAACUGGAUAUUCCCCUACCACUUCUAAGUCCUCUCCUGAGGACACAUCAUCAGAUCUAGUUCAAGAAACAAGAUCAUCUGCCACGCAAGCAGGAAAACAAUAUGAAGGUAUAGCAAGGUGGCUGAUAGAUGAGUCAGUUAACAUGACCUCUAGUGCUGUGCUACCUGUUGAUAGCUGCUGCAAUAGUCAUUCAGAUGUUGAAGAUCAUGCGGAAGAAAUGACUGCUAUGAUGGUGCAUCAACCUCAGGAAGAAAAUUCUCAUCUAUUUGAGUCCACAUCUGGUGGAAUUGAUUGCAAAGUGUUCUCCCCAAUGCAAUCGCAUAUUCUUGCAGACCUAGCACCCUACAUGGAUUCUCCUUAUGCCGACUUUGGCAAUGAUCAUAAUGGUUUUCAUUUUCAGGAUGGCACUAGUGAACCUGAUGUCUCCUUAACAGAGUUGUUGGGUGAGGUCUUCAAUAAUAAUGAUGACUAUUCUGGUGAACAGUCUACGAGUCAAAAGAACUUGGCUGUUGGACUUGAAACUAAUUUUUCUAGUCAUAAGCCACUGGUUAACUUCCAUGUUAAGGAUAAUGGUACAUACAGUGAAGCUGACAUUGAUAAUGCUCAAGUCCAGAUGCAAGCAUCACUUGGAUCUUGGGGAGCUCAAUCAUCAUCCUUCCAUGGACAACUUGGAACUAGAAAUGUUUUGGGCGUUGCAAAUUCUGAUGUGCAAGAUGCUUCAUCUGCCAUUUCUGCAGUGGGCUCAUCUUUGGAUGUAUUCAAUAGUAUGGAUGAAUCAAGCAGGCAAAUGAAUCCUAUGAACCAGGGCAGUGCUGUCAGUGGAACUGGAAUCAAGAUUAGAACCCGCCGGCCUCAAGUGCAUCCAUAUGCAGAUAACUUUGUCACUCAAGGCAGCGCUCCAAGAAGGCUCCGUUUGCAGAGGGAAUUUUCUACUGUUUCUCCUGGAAGUAGAGCGGAGAGGGAUGCAAGUCAUCAAGAAGAAGAAGAUGAAGUGCAGUCAGCUGUAACAAAGGCAAGAGAUGCAGAACACAAUCCUGAUUCAGAUAAGUUGCUGAUGAAAAGCCAACUGCACAUUUCUGACAAGAGCAUAGAAAUUGCUGAAGAAUCUUCUACAAAUUUGAGGUUAAGGGUGAAACAGGGUCGUAAAUGUGGCAGUGGCGAGAUAGGAGGGUCAGCAUUUCCUGAUGCAGCUCCUGUGAACCAUGGCCACAGCUCACCAUCAGUUUAUGUAGUUGGAGUUGUGCUAGCUUUUGUCUUGUUCAUAGUUCUUGUUGGAAUUUGGAGAUGCGAGUAAUGGAAUAGAGGAAACUUACUUGAUAAGAAGAAAGUGGUUUUACAGACUGCAUUUAGAUACUUGCGCAUAUGUAGCUUGGAGGUAGUAUAAAUGUGUGCAAUAUUGGAUGAAGGUCAUCUGCAACGUGUAGUCUUUGUUGGUUCAUCUUGUACAAAAUAUGCAAUUGACGUCGUCUGAUGGUUGGGUUUCAUGGAUUCCUGGAGCUAGGAAAAGUGUAAUUUGGCUUCUCUCCAAUCUCCAUAUUUUAAUCUCACUUGGCAUUAAAUUUA